CGAAGGAAAGCGUCCUCUUGGCGCUGGACUACGGUCGUCUUGGUUCCGUCGUCGGCCACGAGAUCACGCACGGAUUCGACGAUGAUGGUCGCCUUUAUGACGGCAACGGAGAAACGAAGAAUCAGUGGAGCUACCGUAUGCAGUGGUUCUUCUUCAAGAGAGCCCAUUGCUUCAGGAGACAGUACGGGUUGAAGAGCCACUUCCUCCUCGACACGCUGGGGGAAGACAUCGCCGACAACGGCGGAGUGCGGAAGGCGUUCAGAGCCUUCAAGAGGGCCUGGUCGCGUGCGGGCGGCGUCAAUGCAACGUUACCACGUCUGCCGAGCUUCACCCCUGACCAGAUGUUUUUCAUCGGAUAUGCAACAGAUAGAGUGAGGGGGUCGCGACUUGCAGUUUGCAAACCGCCACAAUCUCUGGCCACUCGUUCGGUAUCUGCAGAGGUUUCGUGCGCUGCACCGGUCAGUUUGCUCUGAUACUGCGGAGAGAAGAUGAUCAGUUUCAGAAUAUGUUUGUUGGCAGCAGUGGCUGGGGUGACGCCGGGUGCCGCCGUCAUACAGCUGGACGCCAAGUGCCUAACACUGACCUGUCAGCAGGCAGCGGACGGCGUUCUUAGCAGUCUGGAUAACAGAACGGAUCCAUGCGACGACUUCUACACGUUCGCAUGCGGCCAUUUUGCGGAGAGCCACGUGAUUCCCGAGGGAAAACUGCUGUGGGACAACUUCCAGAUCCUGCAAGAAGCCACGGACAACCGCUCCAGAGAUAUCUUGAAGGAGCCCGAAGCGCCCGGAGAGCCGGUGGCUGUCGCCAAAGCUAAGAAAAUGUUUGCGGCCUGCAUGGAUACAGAAUCGCAGGACAGACGAGGUCUGCGCCCCGUGCUCGAGUUUUUGCAGCAGUGGGGCGGCUGGCCAGUGAUCAGUUCUGACUGGACUCCGCUGGACUGGCAGAGGAUGGGUGACAUCGUAGCCGAGUUCGCCGUUCCCUUCAUAUUCAGCAUCAGCUCCUUGGCUAGCCUGGACAACGCCAACACAACGGCGGUGUAUCUUGACGCUCCGUCACUGGUGCUGCCUUCACCUCUACUUUUCAACGUGGAGGAACCGGACAUCAUGCAGGAGCUAAGCAGAGCGGAGGGCGGCGUGGAGGACCUACCCUUCACGAAGUACCUCAUAAGAAUGGCCACCCUCUUGCGCGACCACCUACAGACAAACGUCUCCGACGAGAGUGUCCAGAAGGACAUGGUCGAUGUCGUCCUCUUCAUGCAGAGCCUGUCGAGGGCGUCUCAGGCUUUGAAAGCGAAUAACACCAUCAAUUCCAGGGGCAUGGCCUGGACAAUCGGGAGACUGGACCAGUGGACUAAGGAGACGCUGCAGAACACGUCCAUGGACUGGGUUGAGUUCCUGCAGAGGGCCUUCGGCAAGUCUGGGGUGGCCGUGAGGGCGGAGCACCCUGUGAUCUUCCUUGCAGGAGAGAAGAGUCUCGCGAGCAUCAUCACGUUCAUAGAGGGCGCUGAUCCUCGCGUGCUGGUUAACUACGUGAUGAGCCGAUUGUUAGUGUUUCUGACACCAGAGAGCAGCAGGGAGAUGCGAGACGCCGCGUUCACAUUUUACGUGCAACAAGGAUACGUCACUGACGACUAUCCCAGGUGGCUCUACUGUAUACACAAGGUCCAGGACUACCCCAACGUGGGUUUCAGCCAUGCCGUGGCCUAUCAGUACAAGACUAAGAUGGCGAAUCCACAGAUACUCAGAGAAGCAGAUGAAAUGGUGAGCGACCUGAGGGCCGCGUUCCACGACCUGCUCACGGAAAACGAUUGGAUGGAUAACGUAACGCGGCAGUCAGCUGACCGGAAGGCUGAAGCAAUGUUGGUACUACAGGGAUUCCCCACGUUUUGCGACUCUGGCGCGGAACUCGACGAGUUCUAUGCGAAGAUCGAGGUUGAUCGUGACGAUCAUUUUGGCAACGUGGUACGUCUUCGCUCGUUUAUGCAAGCUACAAAUUUGGCAACGCUGGGCAAGGAGCGGGAUCGCAAUGAGUGGACACAGUCGCCUCUGGUGGUGAACGCCUUCUACAACAGCCUCAACAACCGUAUCACGUUUCCGGCCGGUAUGAUGGAAAUGCCGUUCUUCAGCGGAAAGGAAUUUCAGAAGUCCAUGGAUUACGCCAGGAUUGGAGCCAUCGUCGGCCACGAGAUCACGCACGGAUUCGACAGCGUAGGCCGGCAGUACGACGCGUUCGGAUCGGCGUUCGACUGGUGGAGUAGCGAGACGAACGCCAAGUUCGAGGAGCGGGCUCAGUGCUUCGUGGAGCAGUACAGCAACUACAGGGUGUCCGAGAUAAACAAGACGGUGGACGGACAACGGACGCUUCGAGAGAACAUCGCGGACAACGGCGGCGUCAGGGAGGCCUACAGGGCGUUCAGGAGGCUGAAGGCGCGGCGGGGCGUGGAGGUCUUGCCGCCCAGACUGCCUGGUUUGGAGCAGUACUCGGCUGACCAGCUAUUCUUCAUCGGCUACGCCUCGAUGUGGUGCAGGGCUGAGACUUUGGCUGGCCUCGAAGCCAUGCAGCAGAAGGACAGUCACAGCCCCAACAGAUUCCGUGUGAUUGGCUCCCUCUCCAACAUGGCGGAGUUCAGCGAGGUCUUCCGAUGUCCCCUGGGCUCCAGGAUGAACCCCGAGCACAAGUGUGUCCUCUGGUGAAAACGGGAGGAACUAUUAUUCGCGACGCAGAGUCAAGGUCACUCGAGUCGUGUUUCUGAGGCAACGGAACUGGGAUUCAGAAUUAUAAUUAAUAAUAUUGUUAAUGCUUCAAAAUAAAUUGUCAGCGGUGUUACACCAAUCAUUUUUGAUUUCUAUUUCAAAUGACAAAUAAAACUGUAAUUUGUGACGUCA